GCCAUUCCUUGCCAAAUUGUUUUUCCCAUUUUAGAAUAUCUUUAAAUUUAACAGGCUGAUAUAGAUAGAUGCACAGCUAGAUAACAGUGAUUGUUGUUUGAAAUCAGAGGAAACAGGGGGGAAGGAGAAGAUCAGGAGAGAAAAGAGAGAAAGGGAUAGAAAAGGAUUUGAGGGGUCAGAGAGAGAAAGAGAGAGAGAGAAUGGGAAGAGUUGAGGAGAGAGAAGGAGUAAUGGGGACGGACUUCUUCUGGUCUUACACCGACGAACCUCACGCUUCCCGCCGGCGACAGAUCCUCUCUCAGUACCCUCACGUCAAAGAACUCUUUGGUCCCGAUCCUUGGGCUUUUCUCAAGAUUACUAUGGUUGUUUCACUUCAGCUAUGGACUGCUACUUUCGUCCAUGAUGCUGGCUGGUUGAAGAUAUUAACACUAGCAUACUUUUUUGGCUCUUUUCUCAACCACAACCUUUUCUUAGCCAUUCAUGAGCUCAGUCACAAUCUUGCCUUCUCUACUCCGGUUUACAACCGCUGGCUUGGAAUUUUUGCUAACCUCCCCAUUGGCGUGCCCAUGUCGGUAACCUUCCAAAAGUACCAUCUCGAGCACCAUCGUUUCCAAGGAGUUGAUGGCAUUGACAUGGACGUUCCAAGCCUCGCUGAAGCUCAUCUUGUAAGAAAUGCCUUCUCAAAAUCCAUAUGGGUCAUCUUGCAACUUUUCUUCUAUGCUCUCCGACCCCUAUUUCUCAAACCAAAACCCCCUGGGAUGUGGGAGUUCAUCAAUUUGAUCAUCCAGCUGGGCCUUGACACUGCCAUGGUUUACUAUUGGGGUUGGAAGUCUUUCGCCUAUUUGAUCCUUUCAACAUUUGUCGGGGGUGGGAUGCACCCAAUGGCCGGUCAUUUCAUCUCAGAACAUUAUGUAUUCAACAAGGACCAAGAGACAUAUUCAUACUAUGGACCCUUGAAUCUUAUGACAUGGAGCGUAGGUUACCACAACGAGCACCACGAUUUCCCCAGGAUUGCGGGAAGCAAGCUUCACAAGCUGAAGGAGAUUGCACCAGAGUAUUAUGAGGGUUUACAAUCAUACAAAUCUUGGAGCCAGGUCAUUUACAUGUACAUUAUGGAUCGCACAGUUGGACCCUUCAGCCGGACAAAAAGAAAGCUAUCAACGAAGACUAAGAAAUCCGAAUAGCUGUCCUUCCCUUCACAUUCUUUCCCUCUUUCUUUCUAGAUACAGUGCGAGAUACUUAAUUCUUUUUCUGCUUGAAUCUAAUGUUUGUAGAAUUUUGAGCAAUUUUUAUUAUGAGAUAUUGGGAUUUGAGUGGUUGAGUUAUUGCUUAACCAUGUGCAAAAGCUUUCUUAAUUUCAUGUUAAACUAUAUUGCUGAGACAUGAGAAAGCAUUUUGAUUAUCCAUGUAAUCUCUGUUUCCUGACUCCCAGAGUUCUGUAUCUCUCAUUAGACAAUACUUGGAUAUGCUAUGCGUUUAUUGACACUCUUUCUUAUAAAUCUACUCU